AUGAGUAAUCCAAGUAUGUAUCAAUUGAGGAAAGACAAGUGUGAUCGUUCUAAUACUAACAGAGUUUCAGACUCUAACUACAACUCGUAUGAUGACGGGAGAAGGAAUAGAAACAGGGAUAAUUACAGCUCAUACAGCUCAAGAGGAAGAGAAAGAGGCACCGAUGGAGGAAAUACACAAGGAUACAAUGAAGAAUACCCCUCUUCUAGGCCGGACCGUAAAAGGCCGUUUGAGCAAAGCUCCUACAACCAUGGACCCAGAGGAGACCAAAGAGGCUACAUUGAUAACAAACAAAACAACUAUUCCAAUUACUCCAAUUACUCCAACAGAGGUGGAUAUCAGAACUCGAAUGACAGGAGUACAGGAUAUCAGCAUAAUGACAGAGGUUAUAGUUAUCAAAACAGUGACAAAGGCAGGUAUAAUAGGCCCCAAAAUUCUUGGGGGCAACAGAGGUAUGCUCGAGGACCUUCAAGCAGCGGGUCUAAUCAAAUGUCAUUAGGUAACUCCAACGGCCACGACAGGUAUAGACCACCUACUUACCCUGACAACCAACAGCCUCAAGAAGAACCUCAGAAACCUGAAGACCCUGCUGUGUUGAAGAAAUCACUUGAGAUGUAUGAGGAGAAAUUGAAGGAAAUGACCGAUAAGCAGAGUUUGGAAGACAUAACUGGAAUUGAUUCUAAAUGGGGUAAAAAGCCUCUGGGGUUUGAAAAUGUAUCCUCUCAAAGGGCUAAGUUAUCCGGGUUGUUCCCCUUGCCUGGUCAUCCAAGACCUAUUGACUUUACAAAACUUGAAGGUAUUGUAAGGAACAGAACCUUAAAUGGAAACGAUAUUUUAAUCGAUACUUCCAGGAUUGAUCCUAAUGAUUCUAUUGCUGCAAAGACUGUAUUCAUUACUGGGAUUGACUUUGAUCAGAUCGACUACUUGAAAGUUGCACAAGCCGUCAACAAGUAUUUGGCUCAGUUAGAUGUUCCUGAAGUCCAAGAUGACAACAUAGAAUUUAAAACUAGGACCAAAGACAACCGUUCCUUGAUAAUAGAGUUCAGAAACAAUUUGUGUGCUACCAUUUGCCUUACACUUGAUGAGAAAUCGGUAGAGGUUGACGGAACAUUGAUCCCCAUUACAAUCACCAGACCCAACGAAUAUAUUGCGCAGGGAUAUGUCGCAAAGGAGGAUGACUCAAACGUACCUGACUGUGCCUAUAAAGUGGCACUCCAUUUUGGGACUGAGCACGAAGAGGACGAAGUCAGAAAGUCGAUCGAAGAACAUAUUCCCAUCAAACAAUUCCAGUUUUUGAAGGAAAAGUAUAACAAGGAAUCAAUGGGAAUAGCUUUUGCGAACUUCCAGUUGCAAAGUUAUGAUCCAACUUCGGCUAUUACAGUUGUUCAGCAAGUGCUUUUGAACCUAACGCAGGGUUCAUCAAUAUUUUCCAAGGCUGAUUUUGCUUGUAUUGUACCAAAUCAAACUAGUAUACAAGAACAGCCAAGUAACAUGGCAUCACUACAGAGUUUCGUGAAGAAUCAGUUAAUAUCCACUACAGUCACAGAUAACAACCCCAACAUAGUUUCUGAAGUUGUAAGAGAUAACAGAAAGCUGAAAGUCAUUCAGAUAAUCAAUGCUGUAACUACCAAGGAUCUCAAAGAUGAUGAGACAUACGGGUUUAUCAGUAGCGACGUCGAACAAGAAGUGAAGAAGUUUGGUGAAGUGAUAAGGGUUAAGAUUCCAAGACCAGCUAAUGAUUUUACUCCCGGCUUAACUGAAUCUUCCACUCCUGGGUUGGGAAGAAUAUUUGUCGAGUUUUCAAAUGAAGACUCAGCAUUCAAAGCUAUUUUGGGAUUAGCAGGAAGAAUGUAUAACGACAGGACAGUUCUUUGCUCAUACUUUGACGUCGAUGACUUCAACAAAACAAUCAUGCUCAGUAAGUAA